GUCGACAGUGCGUUUCUGACAACUUCUGAAGUGUGCACUUUUUCCAGGACACGCAACUGUUUCAAGCGGGAACUGGCAGAACCUUCCCGUCUGCCUUCGGAACUCUCUCUCACAAGCUUCACUACCUACCUAGCAGACCCCACCAAUCGAGUGAAUUGAUAAGAACUAUUUUGACCCUUCCCAUGGCCAAGGUCAAACUUGAAUCCGAUGGAGAGCUGGAACAGCAUAAACUACAACUGACCAGUAGUCCCUCAAAGAAACGUCGCGCAGAUCCUGAUAAUGCUAAGGAGAUGACUGCUGGCAAAAAGAAAGGCAAGCCACUCCCCAAAAUGGAAGGCAAUACAAGCGACAAAGAUGGAGACAAGGAAAAGGCUAAGAAGUUUGGUUGGACUGACAAUACCAAAACCCUUCUACGAGAGCUUGUGCACAAAUAUGGGGAAACUGGGAACUGGAGUACCAUCGAGCAAGAAUUCAACGCUUCUCAAGGCCGGACGGCAGUGCAGCUUCGUAAUUACUGGCGUAACGUUUUAAAGAAAUAGGUUUGGUUGUCGUAUGUUGUAUGAGCCACAAUGGGCGAGACCGAGUCGCCUCCGCCAUCUGGCUCAAUUUUGGGCUUUGCUAGGCCGUUCCUAUGAAAUUAGGCAAAGCACUUGCCAUGGUACCGUUUAUG